GUCACCAUAUUUAGAUGGAAACCCCCUAAAGGUCAAGCUCACGUCUUCUAAACGAAGGAAUUAUCAGACGAGGAUGAAGUAAAGGAGUAAAGUAGCCGGAGGAGAGCAUGAAGAUAUUUUGAAGCAUUAAUAAUUAAACAGAAAUUGUAUUUGCUCUAGAGCUCUUAAGAGUAUCCUUGUUAGCGUAUCAAAAUCUAAUGUCACUUUAAUAGUAUAGAGAUAAUAGAUGUCAAUCUGUAAGUGUAAUACAUGGUAAGCCAUGAAUAAAAUAUCACUCUAUUCUUCUGUAUCGGUUGCAGAUGACGGUUCAAGUCAUACAAUGAAGCUAUUAAAUAAUACAGCUAGGAAAUUGAUAAAGGAUAUAGGAUUUAAUAAGCAAGUUCUAGUUGCUGCUCACCCAAAUAUAAAUGCUAUGGCAAUAGAAACGCUCUACGAAGAUCCUGUAAAACAGUUGAUAGACGAGUGGAGAGAAGAAGGCUUACAGCAUCUACGCGAAACCUCUAAUAAAUCCAUAAAGGAUCUCAUACAGCGGAGAUUAGAUUGGAACGAGAUACAGGGCAGAGAUCUGGUGAUGAGUGCAUACGUAUACGAUAAGGACUUUAUCAAGACAGGAUGGAGUAUAGCCGAUGAAAUUGCCUAUCUCAGCAAACAGCCUGUGGAAUCAUUCUAUACUACGCGCAUAGGUAUAUUCAAGGCUUACACGACGUCGGAGCUGUUUCAAUUACAAGACAAACAUUUUGAGCCUGUACUCGAUGAGGAGCUGGGCAAACAAGAGACACUAUCUAGGAUGUAUAACUAUUCAGACUUUAUACUAAGAAGCUGGAAAUCAAUUUUAGAUAGAUGUUGAAUGAG